UAGAAUCGUUUCCGGUAUCCAGGAAGUUGACACAAACUCGGCUCAGUGCAGGUUCGCUUUAGCCUUAGCGUUAGCUUUCCUCACAGUUUUGAUAUCCUUUAAGUUUAUAUAAACUGAAACAUUUGAAUGCAGUAGUAAUGGACUGGAAAGAAGGCGGUGGGUGUCACACUCACAGCCAUGGUAACGAUGGGCAAAGCAGUCAUGGUACACACGGAGCACAUGGUGGCCACUCACAUAGCUUUAUGCCCAGUUUCCCGUUUCUGCAGAGGAGUGAAGCCAUGUUGGACCCCACACAGCAGCCAAAGAAAUACACACACGUUGAAGACAGCAGCAGCUGGGACAUUGUUAAAGCCACACAGUUUGGCGCAUUUGAUCGGUGCAAAGAGCUGGUCGAAGCGGGUUAUGAUGUUCGACAGCCUGAUAAAGAAAAUGUCACUUUGCUGCACUGGGCAGCCAUUAAUAACAGAGCAGAUCUCAUCAAGUAUUAUAUAUCUAAAGGUGCAGUUGUGGAUCAGUUGGGUGGAGAUUUAAAGUCUACACCUCUCCACUGGGCCAUAAGGCAGGGUCACUUGCAGAUGGUGAUCCAGCUGAUGCGUUAUGGUGCUGAUCCAUCUCUUGUGGACGGAGAGGGAUACGGUGGCCUUCAUCUCGCUGUGCUUUUCCAACACAUGCCUAUAGCUGCAUAUCUGAUGGCCAAGGGUCAGGAAGUAGAUGCUCCAGAUGCAAAUGGACAGACCUCACUGAUGCUGGCUGCUCAGAAAAUUAUUGGGCCAGAACCAACAAACUUCCUGCUACGGUGUAACGCAUCAGUGAACGCAGUAGAUAAGGUGAACAGGAACUCGCCACUGCACUGUGCUGUGCUUGCUGGUAAUAUUGAUUCCGCACACAUCCUCCUGGAUUCUGGAGCCAGCGUGGAGCUGCAAAACAACAGUGGUCAGACACCAAUAGACUUGGCCCACCAGGUGCACAGUCCUCUGCUGAUUCACAUGCUGAAUGUGGUGAAAAAUGAACGCAAAAAAUCAAACAUACGUUGCUUGAGAUUCCUCAACAAUUACCAGGCCUUUUUACAGUGUGUCUUCAGUGUGUGUGUGAUGUGGGCUGUGGGAGCCAUAUUAAACAUAAGUUCUGAGUCAUGGCUGCUAAAAGGAGUUCUAUUGGCAUGUGUGCUCGCUAUGAUCAACCUCACCUGCAGACGGGUAGCAAGCGCCACAGUUCAGCGUCUGGUUCCCUCCACCACCCUUACUGCAUCCAUAUUUUGGAUGCUUGUCACCUGGUGCCUGUGGUUCCUGCCAGAUGGUCCCAGUACUGCAGUGCAGAUGAUGUUUCCCAUGACAGUUUUGGCUCUGCUGUAUUAUUACCUGCGCACCUGCAAAACCGACCCUGGGGUUAUCAGGGUGACUGAGGAGGAGAAAAAGAAGAAUAUUGUUGUCCUAGCAGAAGCAGGCUGCCUUGACCCCAGGAUUUUCUGCACAUCGUGUAUGAUGAGGAAGCCAAUGAGAGCUCAUCACUGCUUUUCCUGUAACUCCUGUAUUGCUAAACAGGAUCAUCACUCUGUCUGGAUCAACGGCUGUAUAGGUGCCAGGAAUCAUCAGUUCUUUAUUCUUUUUCUUAUAACACUAAACCUCCUAUGUGGCUGGAUGCUGUAUAGCUGUGUUAUGUACUGGUCGCAGAGGUGUGUGAGCAGGGUUUCAGAUGGGGUAUGGGAAACUGUCAUUGAGCUGUUCACCUGCUCGCCCUGGAUCACUUAUAUCUGCAUCAUCACCCUGUUCCACACAGCCUGGGCCUCAGUAACCCUCGCACAGCAACUUUACCAGAUUGCAUUUCUUGGACUAACGACUGCAGAAAGAGCAAGUUUGCUUCAUGGACAUAGGAAACUCCCUCAGGCUUAUUCUCUUAAGCAGAACCCAUUCAACCGUGGUGUGCUGAAGAACCUGGUGAACUUCUUCCAACUGCGCUGCUGCGGUUUGUGCAAGCCGCUCGUGUUGGACUGGACUCAGGAGCUUCCCAUGGGUUUAAACAGAGACCAUCAGAUGUUUAGCAGCCUAGAUGCCGUCUGAGAUCAAUAAUAUUACUGGGCAUUCAAAUUUAUCAUAUUUGUAUUGUGAUGAUGGCCAGAUUACUUACUGCACAAAGUACAUUUUAUAUAAUCUGCCUGAUUCUGUGAUGUAUACAGACAGAAAUGCUCAGGCAUGUGCCAAUAUCUAACAAUAAGGACCGUUACCUGCCUUGCAUAAGUAUUCCUCCCCUUGAACUUUUCCAAAUUUUGUACUAUUGUAUGUAUUUGGGGUUUUAUAUCACGAGUCUACAUAAAACAAGUCAUAAUACUAAAGUGGCAGAAACCAUCAAUAUAGUUUACAAUAUUAUUUACAAAUAAAAUUGAGUUGUGAUUGCAUAUGUAUUCAACCCCACUGCUUUGAAACCCACAAGUCAAAUAAUUACUUAAAUUCUUACUGGAAGAGAGGAAUGGCAUACCAUCUCUCCCAAUUCAAUCAGAGGCCUACUAGGAGGGCCAAUUGUGGGCAUCUGUGAACACAGGGCAGAUAGUUGGCUAUUCUGUGUAGAUUCAUGAAAAAUAAUCCCAAUCAAGUCCGUUUCAGUUGAAGGCAGUCAAAGUACUUAUGCAAGGCACUGUAUAUCAGAGUACCUUUUAUCACGUCAUUAAUGUAGAUCUGUAAAUGUUCACACUCUUGCAGUGAAGAGAAUUAUGGAAUUGCUUGCUCUGUGAAGGACACAUGCUCUCCUUAUGCAUCUGCAGACUUAAGCAGAAGGGAGCACCAACAGACAGCCCACCAAUAGAUAGCCUACUUCCAUAUAAUGUCGACUUGAUCAAUAUCCUGUGUGUUUAACAAUUAUUUGUAUAUGCCCAAUCUAUGUACAUGCAAAGUACAUAAAACUGCAAAAGGCCAAAUAGGAAGCUUAGUGAUAUAUUAGCAAAAUCAAUAUUGAUAUAUUUUCUUCUGAAUUAUUUUGUAAACAGUCAUUUUUUGUAAAAUAAGUGGUGAAAAAAAUGUUUGUGCUUUUAUAUUCUGCACUUUGUAUGUGUCAUGGGCACACAGGUUUCUGAUGAGUUAUAAUGUGAGAUUUCACAAUAAAAUUCCACUUUCGCCUUUUA